UGUUUGUUCUGAAGAAGAAACUGUGUCUGUGUUUGUCUAAAGAAAACCCUGUGUGAGUGUUCGUCAGGACACCAGACAUAUCUUGUGAGAUACAACGUGCAACUUCAAGUCAGACGGAUAAUUUUAAGACGACGACAAUAUAAGUGUUCUGCUGUUCACGUACACAAUGAAGUUUGCCCUGGGGAUAGUUGGCGCACUCAUGGUGGCUAAUUUUAGCUUGGCCACAAUGUGCCCUCAUCCAGUAGACCUGGUCUUCCUCCUAGACAGCUCGGAGAGUUUCAGGACAAGUGGUUUUGAGGAAGCAAAGACGUUUGUGCAGAAUGUAGUCAACUAUUUUACGCUGGGUGAAGACGACACGAGGGUCGGUGUUGUUACGUACAGCAACAUCGACGCUCAGGUCACUCGUAUCAAGCUCAAUGACAAUUACACCAGAGUUGAGCUCUUAACUGGAAUUCGCAACAUUCCGUACGACAGAGGCCAUACCUUUACAGGACUUGGUCUCGAUCACGUACGCAACUAUUCUUUCCUCGAAGAAAAUGGCCGGCGGAGUAAUACUCUUGACUUUUUGAUUUUAUUAACCGACGAUGAACCUGAGGACUCCGUCAGCGGCCCGGCACAGUCAGUACGUGAUAUGGGCAUCACCGUGUUUGCUGUGGGCGUUGGCGAGGAAAGCGACAUAAGUCAAGCUACUCUAGAGACUAUUGCUGGAGAUCCGAGCAGGGUGUUCAGACUGACGGACCAUGACUUUCUUGUGGACGACUCACACCCCAGGAUUAUUAGAGAGGCUAUUUGUGACGCAACCCAAUGUCCAGCUCUGACCGCCCCAGAUAACGGAGCGCUCAGUACCACAGCGACCUCCUACCAGACCGUGGUCACCUUCACCUGUAACACGGGAUACGUACUGAAUGGCGCUGUUACUGCAACGUGCACAGCUGACAUUACAUGGACUAAUCCUGUACCAACAUGCACACCGAUCCAAUGCCCAAUAUUGACGGCCCCAGCUAACGGAGCGCUCAGUACCACAGUGACCUCCUACCAGACCGUGGUCAACUUUACCUGUAACACUGGAUACGUACUGAACGGCACCACUAAUACGACGUGCCAAGCUGACGGAACAUGGGACAAUCCUGUACCAACAUGCACACCUGCUAACCUGUGUGAGCCACACCCAUGUGACAACAACGCCACCUGCCGACUGUUGGGAAGUACCUUUGAGUGCAGCUGUGACGUAGGACUCGUGGGCGACGGUUUCAACUGCUCAGUCGUACAAUGCCAUGUUCUGACGGCACCAGUGAACGGCGCGCUGAGUCCCACAGGCAGACGUCAGUACCAGGACGUGGUCACCUUCACCUGUAACCCGGGGUACAGCCUGGUCGGCACAGCCAGCCUUACCUGCCUACUGAAUGGCACCUGGAGUGCGAGUCCACCGACAUGCAACCGUAAGGCCCCCAUUCCACUUUGUGGUGCUCUUACUGCGCUCUGA